UGCGAAGGACGCGGCCGUUGAAGCGCGCGCCGAUGAAAGUGGAGGUGUAGUUUUGGUGCUUUUACGGAUCAACAGGCGGUAGUUUGUCGGCACUCAACAUGUCGCAAGUAUGGCAGGAAUCACUGGACAGACGGACAAGUGGAGAUUUCCCAUCUCCUGAAGUCCGGAGCUCUGAAACUAGUAGAACUUCUCUGAGGCGCAGUGCUACAAAAAAAGGUUCUGACAUACUGAAGCACGCUAAAGGCCCUUCCAGCUUACAUCUGCUAUCAGCUACUCGAGCUACAGCUCAUAUAUUCCAAGACUUCUACACACCACAGACUCGUAUCUGUCCUCUAAAACAAUCCGAUGUGUCAUCAAUUUUAGGAUCAGUUAAACCAUCUCUGCUUGUACCUACAAUACCAGAAACACAUUUGCAAUAUAUCCCAGAAGAUGCAGAGGACACUACUUCAUCUAUUCUCACUCAGCAGAGGACUGGCAUGAAAGCCACAGCUGAAUCAAUGAGAAGUUUUUCAGAAGACUUGACUCUUAGUGCAGUCAUGUUAAGGGAGGAUGAUCCAGGAUUAACUGCUUCAGCCAGCUUGUUUCCAAAGUUUUUGGAAUCUUUCUUAGCACAUUCAUCUACUGCUAUCUUUGAUUUGAUCGCACUUUAUGAAGCUGAAUGCAGGGAGCAGGUAAAUAUACUUAAGAAGAUUGUAAACCGUGCAACUCCCGGGCAACAGAAAUUUUCAAAAACAGCUAGUGUUCUCUGGUUCCUUCAGCAAGAAAUGGUUACCUGGCGUUUAAUUGGAUCUCUUUACAGGGACAGAAUUGAAUCCAGUGUGGAAGAAGGCAUGAUGUUUGAAGUAGCUGCUCCAAAUGCCACUGAAAAGACCAUCGUAGAAAUGCUUUUCCAACGCGAUUCACUGAUACGACAGUGUCAGAUCGUUGUAGAUUGGUUAGAGAGUACUGCCAAAGAUGAAGCUGGAAGUUUUGCAGAAAACAUUGAAUUUUAUGCAAAAUCUGUGUACUGGGAAAAUACACUACAUGUGUUAACACAGCAGCGAUCAGGCAUUGCUGGAUUUUCAAGGCAACUUGUGACUGAGCUGGAUCCAGAUGCUCCUAUCAGACAGAAAAUGCCUCUUGCCGAUUUGGAUAGAGAAGAUGAUGCUAGAUUUAUGAAAUAUCUCUUUGCUCUUAUACGAGCUGGGAUGACUGAUGAGGCUCAGAGAUUGUGCAAACGUUGUGGUCAGGCUUGGAGAGCUGCAACUCUGGAGGGCUGGAAAUUGUAUCAUGAUCCAAAUCUUAAUGGUGGAACAGUUCUUGAACCUGUGGAAGGGAACCCAAACAGAAGUGUUUGGAAGGCUUGUUGCUGGAGGAUGGCUGAAGAUGAGCAGUUUAACAGAUAUGAACGAGCAAUCUAUGCAGCCUUAAGUGGAAAUCUUAAACAGCUCCUUUCAGUGUGUGAUACUUGGGAAGACUGUGUUUGGGCAUACUUCAGGGUCAUGGUGGAUAGUCUUGUUGAACAAGAAAUCCGUGCAUUGAGUACUCCUGUGAGUGAAUUAGAAGAAUUGCCUAAAGAGUAUACUGAAGCAAAUUGGACUUUAGAGGCAAUAUUUGAAGAGCUGCAGGCAACAGACAAAAAACAAGUGUUGGAGGAGAAUAAAGCUCAUUACCAUCUAAUCCAGAAGUUCAUAAUCUUGGGAGACAUUGAUGGUUUAAUGGAUGAAUUUCAGGAUUGGCUAGAAAAAUGCAGAUCUCUCCUUCCAGCACACCUCCUUCGAUUCAUGACUCACCUUGUGUUGUUUUUGUGGAGUUUGGGCCUACAAACAAAGGUGGAUGUUUGUACAGACAUUUUAAAAACUUAUAUAGAGCUUUUAAUCCAAGCUAAGCACACACAUUUAAUAGCAUUUUAUGUAAGCCAUUUGCCUCCGGAGCUGGCUGUCACUCAAUAUUCUGCAUUUUUGGAAACUGUCACAGAGACGGAGCAACGGAAACUAUGUCUAGAUCUGGCGAGAGAAGCUGGCCUUGAUGUGGCAGCUGUGACCAAGUGUGUUGUGGAAAACAUCCGGAAAAAGGAUGCUGACGAGUUUACUCAUCAUGAUCUAUCUCCAUCUCUGGAUACUGCGACUACAGAAGAAGACCGUAUGAAGAUCAAUGUAAUUGAGUGGUUGGUAUUUGAUCCUACACAAAGAGCAGAGACACUGAAACAGAGCAAUGCCAUAAUGAGAAAAUUCUUGGCUUCAAAAAAACAUGAAGCUGCAAAAGAAGUGUUCAGCAAAAUUCCACAUGAUUCUGUAAUUGAAGUGUACGCGAGCUGGAAAGAAUACGGAAUGAAUUUCAUGCCUCCAGCAGAGGAGGAAAAUGCUAUCCGGGAACAUUUGUGCAUAAGGGCUUAUCUGGAAGCUCAUGAGACGUUCAGUGAUUGGUUUAAAUGGAUGCAGUUAGCACCUCAGGAACCCACCAUAUCCGCAAGCGCAAGUUUCACAGAGACAGUGGCUCAUGAACACAAACAGAAGAAAUUCCAGAGUGAUUAUGAGAGCUGGAGUGAUGAAUUGCAAAGUCUCACAAAAGGUGUGAAAGAGAAGAUCUGUAAUGUCUUGCUUUUUGUGAAUGGAGGAUGGUUGGUUGACAUCAGAGAGGAUGCUGAAGAAGAUGCUGAGCGCAGUCACCAGUUGAAUUCAUUACGCCAGCUCUGUCUACCAAUGAUGUGCUUCUUACUUCAUACAGUACUGCACAGCACUAAACAGUACCAGCAGUGCUUAAAACUGGCGGAUAUCGUUGCAUCAGAACAACAUAAGCUUUAUCAAGUAUUUUCAAAAGAGGAACUUGCAAAAUUCUUGCAUUUGCUGAGAGAGUCAUCACUCAUGUUAUUGGAUCAGAAUCUAGAUCCCUUGGGAUAUGAAUUACAAUCGUAGUGAAUAUUUUAAAAAGUUGAGAGGCUUUAAUUCCAUCCAAUAAUAAGGAUUAGGAAUUUGCAAAUUUCUUCAAAAACAAUUUAUUAAUGUUCCUCCCCAUCCAUCUUGCCCCCAGUUUUUAACCCUCUUUCCUUUCUCAGAAGAUUAAAGUUUUCAUUAUCAGGCAAUUGAUGAUGUUUAGAUAUUCAAUUUUGUUGAAAAUGUAUGUAAUAUUUUGUACAAAAUCUUUUUCAAGUUUACUCAAAGUAUUGUCAUCUGAGUGCUUCUAUUU